UUGCAGUGUCUCCGUCACAACGGUAUGUCUUAAUUAGACGCUGCUCCGCCACACAAAGACGUACCUGGAUGCAAGUAAGAGUCGUGGAGAUGACCUACUGCGCUAAUGAAUGGCACGGAGAUGAGCAACCGAACAAAUCUUAGGUCUCCUUGGGAAGUGACAUCCCGUUGUGAAAAGACAACGGGAUAUAAAAGAGCCCAGUUCUUCCCCCCGUGGAGGACGGAAGAUCAGAUGCCUUCUUCUUACAGCCGACAGAAGAUGAGGUGGUACACCCCCAAGUUGCAACACCUGGCCGAGUCACGCUCGUCUGGCAAGCAGAAGGUUCUGGUUCUUCUCCUGCUGUUGCUGCUGUCCCAGGCGGUGUUGUGCGAUGUCCACAGUGUGUCCAGUGAGUGCUGCAAGCAGCCGUCUCGCCCGUGUCGCCUGCACCUGCUGCUGUGUCGCCCAGGCGGGGCCACCAAGGUGUUGGCCGACGUCUCCGCCGGCAUCCUCACCCUGGGCAAGCGCACGCUGGACGAGCCCAACUUCCACAGUCGCCUGCAGCAGCUUCUCCACGAGUCCAGGGACCGUGCCGCCGGCAUCCUGACCAUGGGCAGGAGAGCCCCGCCGGGGGUCAAAGGUCACCAUGCGCCCCCGUCGGACGCCGCCGUCGCUCUUUUGCCUGUUUGAUGGGCUGCAAAGCAUCCUGGGACUUCUAAUAAA